AUGGCUGAUUGGAAUAUAUCUAAUCAUUCCUCAGCCGUUGUGCUCAACCCUAGUCGAGAUGUUCAGUACCAUGACCACGCCUUGCCGACGGCUUCACGCCAAGAGACGGUAGCCACGUUUUCCUGGGAUCAAUUCGAUUUGCUAAUAUCAAAAUUGGAGGAGCUUCGCAGCACCCCUUCCGCCGCCGCUGAGCUCACCCCUUGCCGAGAUGUUCAGGACCAUGCCUUUCUCCGGUCGAAAUUAUCGGAGAUCCAGAAAUCUCUGGUCGAUUUGAAGAAAUCAACAAUGGAGGAGUUUCGCCUAAUACGUUCCAGUAGUACUAGCCCCACUCCAUCCGAAACGACGGUGAUUGACGGCAGUCCCAACCACCCAAGCUUGCCCAUGGAUCGGGACCAGUCAUCAAUGACUGUAAAUCAAGGGGAAGAUAGAUCUGUGUUUCUAAUUGUGUGUUUCACUAAGGGAAAAUGCCGUCAUGCCAUAUAUGAAGUGAAAUUCAAACACGGGGAAGAAGUUGAUGAUAUGAGCGGAGGAGAGGUACCCGCACUACUUAAACCUACAGCUAAGAUUAGUCGUAUGGUUCAGAGUGCAAGAAUUUUCAACCUGUCUCAAAUAUAUUUACUUACACAUGACGGUGAUAGACCUCGCGAUAUGUCAUUUGGAGGGUAUGUAUUUGAUACGAAGGAUCGGAAAUUAGAUUCAUCAAUACCUCCUACCUUAGAGCGUAAGCGGUUUGGAACAGUUGUGUCUGCAUAUGAUGGACUCUAUUAUCUUGAAGCUACAUCGUCUUUAAUUACAGAUCCAGAUCCAUCCUUUGAGAAGUACGAUCCUGUUAAGAAGGCUUGGCAGCAACUGCCUUCUUUUCCAUUUUCUGAUGACCUUCCUAUGGACGUAAUGGGUUAUGCUGUAUGUUAUGGAGUUAUUUUGUAUUCAUUUUGGGACCUAAAAAAAGACUUCGGCCUUGCUGCUUUUCACGUGGGUAGAGGAGAUUGGAAUCGAGUGAAAGUUGACUCUUCUACUUAUGCUCCUUUUCGAGGGAGGGCCGUAGUUUUAGGCGAGUAUAUCUAUGCCUUACAUGCGUUUGAGAAGGACGAGAUUAUAGGAUUCUCCUUGAGGAUGGACAAAGUUGAGGAUGGCGGUGUUGCAUACUCACUAAGCAAUGUGUUGACAUUGCGCGGCCUGGAGAUUGCAAAUCCGCCAUUGCCGUUUUAUGAGUACAAGUCAGACUAUUUGAUUCAUUUGGGGAAUCAGGACUUAUUACAUGUUAAGACUGGCAGUAUAGAAGAACAUCGCGAUGUUCAACACCUUUGUAUCACCACGUUUCAAAUUGUUGUUAGAGAAGUAGGAUGGCAUAUGAUCAAGACCUUACAUUCAAGUGUUCUUCGUGCGGAUAUCGAGGGCCGUGAUUGGUUCUUCAUUAAUUUCGGCUUCACUCCGGAGUGUGGGGAUUAUGAACCCACAGAAAGGGAUUAUGAACGCGUAGAAAGGCAUAGUGCAGCUAGCGUGAACCCACCAAAACAAGAAGAUGACACUCUGCAUGAAUAG